GAAAAUUGUGAGCACUUUGCAACCACCCUCGGCCCACUGUCGCUGGCUGAGCGAACAGCUGGUUUCUUCGCCUCGGCUUGUAUACUUUAUGUUUUCAUUUUGAUUAGGGCAAUGGCAAUAUAUUCGGAUGAUUAAAACCAGUCGCGGCGAGUCGGGAGUCUUUGCGUUGUUGUCGUGUUGUUGCUGAAAAUAUCUAUCCAGCCAGAAAAUAUUAUUGCUUCCAACUGGAGUAAAUAUUGAGGAAUUGAAAUCCAAUCGCCGACGAAUGUUAGAGCGAACAAAUAACAAACUUUUCCUGGGAUUCAAAGUCCCGACCUACCCCCCACCACUGGCCAGCCAGCAGCCUCGAAUUUCCCCUCGGAAAGUUGCUGUUUCUGGCAUGAAAAAAAGUGUCGAAUAUAGAGAAAUAGCGAAUAUGUCGAAGCUGAACCAGAACGAGAACAUCUGCUGCUGCCACAGCCUGGAGACACAUUAGGAUGAACUACACCCGAGGCAGUCGCUCUGUGGAGUGCCUCAAUCUGAAUCUGGGCCUGGGACAACGCGAGAGCGAUCUGCUGUCUGGCCAACUGUCGGCGGGCAUUUUCCGGCAGCGCCUCAGUGCAGCAGAGAAUCUCUACCAGCGCAACCUGACCGGCCACUAUGGGUGUGUCAAUGCCUUGGAAUUUAGCAACGGUGGACAGUUCCUCGCCUCAGGUGGGGACGACAAGCGGGUGCUGCUGUGGAACAUCGACCAGGAGGUGAUGUCCGAAAUGGGACGACCGCAGGUCAUGAACGAGACGCACACCAGCAACAUCUUCUGCCUCGGCUUCGACACCCUCAAUGCACAUGUGUUUUCCGGUGGCAACGAUGACCUGGUCAUUCAACAUGAUCUUGCCACCGGCAAGCUCUUGAAUUACUUUUCACAUGGAGGACCCGUCUAUGGGCUGAGCGUGGACCGGACCAGCGUCCAUCUGUUUAGCGUGGCCACCGAGAGCGGCGAGGUCCUGUUCUAUGACCUGCGUGUGGGUAACUACGAGCCCCUGACUGUGGCCAAAUUCCGUUCCCCGUUUAAUGCCGUCGAGUUUCAUCCGCUGAAUGGCAACUUCCUGGCCACGGCCAAUGCCAAGCGCGGCGCCAUGCUCUGGGAUCUGAGGCAUCAUAAUCAUCCCCUCUGCCAGUUCAACUACAUCCCGGAAUCGCCCAGCUGCAUGAGUGUGCGUUUCAAUUGCAGUGGCAGCCUCCUGCUCACCCUGCACCGUCGACUGCCACCUAUAUUGUUCAGUCCCAACUCGCCGGAGCCUUUGGGUACCUUCUACCAUGACGAGUACUUUAACUCGUGCACCAUGAAGAGCUGCAGCUUUGCAGGCCCGCAGGAUGAGAUGGUUGUGUCCGGCUCGGAUAACUUUAACAUGUUCAUUUGGCGGAUGGAUGGUGUGGAUUUGGAGGAAAAGAAUCAAUGGAUCGACACGCCCCCCAUUAUCCUGACCGGCCAUCGUUCUGUGGUCAAUCAGGUGCGCUUCAAUCGACAGCGCUGCCUGCUGGCCUCUUCUGGUGUGGAGAAGAUCAUUAAGUUAUGGAGCCCUUUUGAACAGCAUGGCUGGGAGGGAUCGCUGAUGUAUCCGCCAGCCAAGCCCUACUGCAACCGCACCCUGCACAACAACACCACGGAGCAUGUUAUACAGGACUUUAGCUCCUGCGACACUGACGAGGACCAGGCGAUGCUGGCCUUCUUCGAUACUUUGGUGCAACGGGAGCUGGAAUCCUGGAACACCAAUGGCAAUCAUACGAGCAGUGACAGCACCUCCUCUAGCACAUCCUCAGAGCGCAGCGAGGCUGGGGCCAGCUCGGCAUCGGAGGAGGAGCCCACCGAUGAUGAGGACGAUACCCCCAACGUCAGCGAGCUCUCCUGGCAGACGCAUCCCAAUCGCAUCUUCUAUCUGAUCGCCAAGAAGCGUCGCGCUCUUUUGCAAAUGGCUGUAAAGGGCACUGGGGGCCAGCAGCGCAGUGUGGAAGAGCUGCUGGCACGACUCAAUGGGGAGCAGAAGCAGGCGGCCACCGCGGCCCGCAUCAGCGACUGGCUGGUCGAGACACAUCGCCUGUUUGGGGACGAUGAGAUGCCCACCACUUCCGCCGAGGCUGCAGCCCGCGAGCAGCGUCGUCGCGUCUUCGAUCAGCUCUCCCGUAAUCCCCGCAAGCCCCCUGUACUCAAAAUAGCAGAUACGCUGCAAAUGGAGCAGAUGGAGCGCAAGAGGAAGUUGAUUCGAGAGCGUUUUGCCGCCAGAAAGCGGCACCGCCCCGCCGCACGGCCACGUUCCAGCGAUCUGGAGAAUGACAGCAUCGAAGGAUUAGAGGAGGACCCCAACGAUUCGUCUGAAGAGGGGGAGGAGGAUGCCGAAUAUGAGGAUAACAAUAAUAAUAAUGGCACCGAUGGCAUUAACGAAGCUACGGCUGUGGCUGUGGCUAUGGCUGUUGAUGACGGCACUGAUGACUCAUCGUCCACGUCCAUGACCUCCAUGGAGGCCCAACUUUCGCAGGCUCCCAGCACAUCCAGCUCGUAUCCGUUCCUCGUGGAAACCGAGGCCAAUAACAACAACCAAAUGGCUUCGAACAACAACCACAAGCCACCUGCCGCUGCCAAUGGAUCGACUCUGGAUAUGUGCAACACGGAGUCAUCAUCCGCCUCCGCCUCCGCAUCCUCGUCCACAUCGAACUGAGAUCGAUCGUAAAACUAAACUUAAGUUACACUAAUUGUACAUUUAAAUUAUCUUUUGUCUUCAGAAGAAGGGUCCAGGCGAGGGGCCAUGGGGCCAUGGGGGUUCCUUCGAUAUCUAUUGUAUAACCAUGAUCUGGGGUGAUCUCCAAAACUCACACAAAUUGAAUAUUUUUCGUUUUGCAAAAGAAAUCUGAAUAGCUUUCUGAGAAAGUAUUAUCUAUUAUCAUUAUUAAAAAAAUAAAAACCACAACUUGUAUUCCUUUUUUAAGAAACUGGAAAAGAACUCGAGAGUUUUUUCCAAAUGAAAUGCAAAUUCUGAAACAUUUUGUAACUGGAUUUUUUUUGUUAGGUAUAUAUAAUAUAUAUGUGGCAUAAGUAUAAUCGAGAAGAAAAUAUACAAAUUUAAACUUGUUAAAUGUGAUUUAAGACUAAACUAUUUAAGAAAUCGAACAUCAAACGGAACUUAAAUUGGAAAUUGAACCCAGCAAAAUGCGUAAUUCAACAAGAAAAGAAUGAAAUGAAGUUUCUGGUUCAGUUCGGAAUGAAAAAUCAAUAGAUAUAUCCCAGUACUGGUAGGAAUAACCAUAAUUCUAACACGAUACAUUCGGAAAGACCUUUAAGAUAUGUACGGCUUUAGGUUUUUGUUACUCUUCAUUUAUUGAUUGUGGAACCGUGUAAUUUUUUUAUUAUAUAAUAAUUUACGAAUAAACUAGAAUACAAAUUGUCUCAGAAAACAAAAACGAAAAAAAAAAACAACAAACCAAAAUUCUCUUAGCAUGUGUGCAUCUUGUGUGAAAGUGGGGGCUAUACCAUAGUCUUAGA